AUGGCGGAUACCCUCCCCACGAUGAAUCUUGACGAGCCGCUUCCAGAGCACUUCCUUCGCACAGCGCGUGCUGGGAACGGUGAAAACGACCUUGGUUAUAUCAUCAACGAGGGCACAACCACUGAAAUAACUCGCAUUACCUGGCGACGUGGGCUGCGGGAUAUUCGUUGCCGUGCUAAACAGCUUAGCGAUUCCGCUCAUCGCCCAGCCCGCAAGGCCGGAGACAGCCAACUCUUUGUGGUUGGCCUGCUGCACCGGACGGGCUACAACUACUUUGUGACUUUAUGCGCGAUAUUGAUGCUUCGAUGGACGCCUCUCGUUCUCUCCCCACGAAAUUCACCCAGUGGGACAGUCCACCUCCUUAAAGCCGCUCAAGCUUCCCAUCUCAUCUCUGACUCUGACCUAUUCCAAUUUUCCCAGUCCCUUAAAAGCGAUGAACCGCUGCUUGAAGUGAUUAAAGCACCAGAUUUGGGUCCGGACGACGACGACGAUUUAUGGAGCGGUUAUGCAGUUGAAUCGCCAGAGGCACUUGUCGCUGAAGUUAGAAACGCUACGUCGCUUUAUAUGCACACAUCGGGAUCCACAGGUCAUCCAAAGCUGAUCCCCAUACCUCAUCGUUGGUUCCUGGGCAUAAGCGCGGCGAUGCGCCGCCAGAGCCCCACAUUUCUCGAAUGCACCUACUAUACUAUGAUGCCCUUCUUCCACGCCAUCGGAGUCCUUCUCUCCAUCAGCUUGACGGUCGGCUCUGGUGCACGAAUAAGCUUUUUGAAUCUCCGUCAGCCACCGAGCGCAACAAUUGUACUACGCCACAUCUCUGUGGUCACCAAGUUGGCAGAGGAGGCAAAAUCCAAGUUGCAGAUUUUGCUGGCACCAAGCAUCUUGGAAGAUAUUGUGGACGGGCGGGAGAACAUAGAUGUCCUCAAGUCAGCGAUCAUGGUGAUGUUUGGUGGAGCGCCAUUGCGGCAAGACGUGGGAGACGCCCUCCGAAAAGCGGGAGUGCCAAUCCAGUCGGUUGUGGGGAUGACUGAAGUGGGGCCAUUAGGAAUGCUGGAGCUCUCAGACGACGCCAACUGGAACUACAUGCGGCUGAAUGACAUGUACGAAUACUAUUUCCGCGGGGUUGAUGGAGAGCCAAAGGAAAUGAUUGUUCUGCCCAAGGAGAACAUUCCAGCCAUAAUUAACCAUCACCAACCGAAGGGAUUCGCCACUGGUGAUCUAUGGAUCCAGCAUCCACAAGAUCCAGAGUUGUGGAGGAUCGUGGGGAGAGCAGGAGAUAUCACCGUGCUGAGCAAUGGCGAAAAAACGGAUAACAAACAGCUUGAAACCCUUCUUUGCACAUCUCCUUUGAUUCAAAACGCAACAGUGUUUGGUGCUGGCCGUUUCCUCAAUGGCGUCAUCAUUAGUCCGGCCAAGCCACUUCCUUCUGACGAGUUCCUCGAUGCUGUUUGGCCACAUAUUGUCACGAAUGUCAACUCGAUCGUCCCACAACACUCCCGUCUCAUCCGUCCCUUGGUGCUUGCUACAGAUCAGGAACGCCCAUUUAUCCUCACCGACAAGCAAACGGUCAAUCGCAAAUUGACUUUACAACAAUACGAGCAAGAAAUCGCGGCUGCCUAUACGAUUGCAGAGGACGGCGGAUAUGAAGAAGUCGCCGUAUUGGAUGGUGGAUUUGCUGCCAAUGAUCUCGAAGGAAUCACAGCGUAUAUGGGGAGUGUAAUCCGAACGGUACUCCAAAGGACGGACGACAUUCCGUUGGACAAAGACCUGUUCGAAUUGGGUCUGGAUUCGUUGAUGGCCAUGCGUGUCCGUGCCGCUAUUCUGGCAGCGUUGAAGAAGUCGGGAAAUGAAACUGCAGUUCCUCGGAAUGUGGUGUAUAUGCUUCCAACAUUAUCACGGCUGAUAGGGUUCUUGAGUAUCGGACUGGAAAGGAGGAUUGAACAAGGACAAGUUGAUGUUAGGACGGCGAUUUCCGAGACUAUUGUCCACUACACCAAGGACCUCCCUGUUCACCGACCAUCAUCGGAAGCAAGCGUAUCCAAAGUCACUGGUGACACGUAUGCGGUCACUGGGACGACUGGCUCGCUUGGUUCGUUCUUCGUAGCUGCCCUCCUCGGAAAGCCCGAGGUCCGCAAGGUUUACUUGCUCAACCGCAAAAACGGGAGCAGAACUAUCGAGCAACGCCAUGAAUCCGGCUUCCAGGAUCGAGGACUCGAUUACAGUGUUCUAUCGGUUGCCGUAGAGUGCGGACGGGCGGUAUAUCUUGAUGUUACCCUGGGAGAACCUAAACUGGGACUAGAUGACGAGGUCUACCAAGAGUUGACAACAGAGAUAACUCACAUCGUGCAUUGCGCCUGGAUGGUCAACUUCAACCUUAUCCUUCCCUCAUUCAAAGCCCAUAUCGCGGGUGUUCGUAAUCUGCUUGACCUCUCUCUGUCUUCGGCUCUGGAAAAACCUGCCCAUCUGACUUUCCUCUCAUCCAUUGGGGUUGUGGGAGGCUGGAGCAAUGGCCCUGCCCCUGAAAAAUCGUUGGAAUCGCCUGCGACGUGUCUCGACCAAGGCUACGCACACUCCAAAUAUGUGGCGGAAAAACUGAUCGAAUAUGCAGCGCAAGAGCGACCAGGACUGGAAGCAACGAUUGUGAGAAGCGGGCAGCUUGCAGGGGCGGAAGGAAGUGGGGCGUGGCCGAGGAGCGAGUUCAUCCCGACACUAAUGAGGUCGUGCAAGGAGUUGAAGAUUGUUCCUGGUGGUCUUCAGGAUGUGCGUUGGCUGCCCGUCAACAUCGCCGCUGAAGUGCUCUAUCAGCAAAUUCAUUUCCCCAGCAAAUCGCAACCCGCGUUCUACGGCCUGGAGAAUGGUGUUACGACACCAUGGUCACUGGUAGCGGAGACGUUGUCGGCCUUAUAUGAUGCUCCAAUAGUCCCCGCAAAAGCAUGGUUGGAUCAGAUUCGGGCAAGAACGGACCUGUCGGCACACAAGCUCCUCUCCUUCUUUGAAGACUAUGUCCAUGGUGGAGAAAUGGCGCGCCUGCAGAUUGACCACGCGAGGGAAGCGGCGGGUAGCUUGCUGGAAUACGAGGUCACUGGUCAACUCGUCAAUACCUAUGCAGAGUAUGCGAGUUAG